AGGUGCGAGGAGAGCCCGCGGGUCUCCGGUUCUGUGGCGGGCUGGGGUGCCAGCCGUCCCAGGGCUCUUUCUGUCAGCCUCUAACGAGUCGAGCUCCUCUCCGGCCGGUAAAUUUGCCCACCCAAUUUCCUUGGGUUUGUGUUUCCUGAGGGGAGAAUCAGGUGCUCCUUUGCUGAUUCUUUCUGCUUGCUAGAUUCGCCUCCCGCCUUUUCGCCGGGAAGUCGACGAGAUGCUGCGGGGCGCGCACCCCGGCAACUCCUGCUUUACCCCCAGGGCACCCACCGCCCUGUGAGGUAGGCCGGGUGGAAGGAGAGGAUCCGGCCUGAAGCGCAGAUAUCAACUCUCAGCAACCAUGUCUACCUGUGAUGCUUUCAUCCAGAACCAGCAGCUCUAUGCUGCCUCGGCAGACACUUUCUUGGAACACAUGUGCCGAUUGGACAUCGAUUCCCCACCAAUCACCGCAAGAAACACUGGCAUUAUCUGCACCAUCGGUCCGGCUUCUCGGUCAGUAGAAAUGCUGAAAGAAAUGAUUAAAUCUGGAAUGAACGUUGCCCGUCUCAACUUCUCUCACGGAACUCACGAGUAUCAUGCAGGAACAAUCAAGAAUGUAAGACAAGCUACCGAAAGCUUUGCUUCAGAUCCAAUUUCCUACAGACCCGUCGCUGUUGCCCUGGAUACUAAGGGACCUGAGAUUCGAACUGGGCUCAUCAAAGGGAGUGGUACAGCAGAAGUGGAGCUCAAGAAGGGUGCAACUCUGAAACUGACUCUCGACAACGCUUUCAUGGAGAAGUGCGACGAGAAUGUAUUGUGGGUGGACUACAAAAAUAUCAUCAAGGUGGUGGACAUCGGCAGCAAAAUCUACGUGGACGAUGGCCUUAUUUCCCUGAAAGUUAAGGAGAAAGGCGCUGACUACCUCAUGACCGAAGUGGAGAACGGCGGGUCAUUGGGUAGCAAAAAGGGUGUCAACUUACCUGGGGCUGCCGUCGAUCUCCCUGCGGUUUCCGAGAAGGACAUCCAGGAUCUCAAGUUUGGGGUGGAGCAGGACGUAGACAUGGUUUUUGCUUCCUUCAUCCGUAAAGCGGAUGACGUCCACGCCGUCAGGAGGGUGCUUGGGGAGAAGGGGAAGAACAUCAAGAUCAUCAGCAAGAUUGAAAACCACGAGGGGGUGCGCAGAUUUGAUGAAAUCAUGGAAGCUAGCGAUGGCAUCAUGGUAGCCCGGGGUGAUCUGGGCAUUGAGAUUCCAGCCGAAAAAGUCUUCCUAGCCCAGAAAAUGAUGAUUGGCCGAUGCAACCGAGCCGGCAAGCCUAUUAUCUGUGCUACUCAGAUGUUGGAGAGCAUGAUCAAGAAGCCCCGCCCGACCCGUGCGGAAGGAAGCGACGUUGCCAAUGCUGUGCUGGACGGAGCCGACUGUAUCAUGCUGUCCGGAGAAACAGCCAAAGGAGAUUAUCCCCUGGAAGCCGUCCAGAUGCAGCACCUGAUUGCUCGCGAAGCCGAGGCAGCCAUCUUUCACAGACAAUUGUUUGAAGAGCUCCGCCGGCUGGCCCCCCUGAACCGAGACCCUACCGAAGCCGCCGCUGUGGGUGCCGUCGAAGCCUCCUUCAAGUGCUGCAGCGGGGCCAUUAUUGUGCUCACCAAGUCUGGAAGAUCUGCCCACCUGGUGUCCAGGUACCGACCACGGGCCCCCAUCAUUGCUGUGACCCGUAAUGCUCAGGCCGCCCGCCAGGCCCACCUCUACCGUGGCAUUUUCCCCGUGUUGUGCAAGGACACAGCCCUGGAUGCAUGGGCUGAAGACGUCGAUCUCCGCGUCAACUUGGGCAUGAAUGUUGGCAAAGCUCGUGGAUUCUUCAAGUCAGGCGAUCUGGUCAUCGUGCUUACCGGCUGGCGCCCUGGAUCCGGUUACACCAACACCAUGCGUGUAGUGCCUGUCCAGUAAAAGGGAUCCGUGGCGACGAACACCCCCUCCUCCUGUCUCGCCAACCUCCCCUGCCUCUCUCGCAUUAGACCAGCAACAGCUUGCCAUUUUGUUCUUUAUCUGUAGAGCGGGUAGUAGUGACUGCCCUAAGCCAUUGAGUGCAGUAACUCGGGGGUGGGGACGAAGGGGUGGGGGGGGAAAGAGAGAGACUUCAAUUUAGAAAUACUUGAAAUAGUUUGAUAAGUGGAACCUCCCCCUCCCCCCAUUUCUUCCUUGUCCCAGGCUAUCCCGCCUUAUUUGUUAGGAAGCCAGUAUGAUCCGGGCAGCAGCCGGGAAUCGCCCUGUUUUUCUUCUGGAGCGAUCCGCUUUGCAGGGAAACUAGGAAUCCCGGCUGGCUUAUUUAGUACGGCAUUGUAGGCGAGGCUUGGCGUCCCACUUUGUCCUAAAUCUCACCUUCCCAGCCUCUCUUCCUUUCUGUAAGUCUGUGUUGUCAACACUCUGCCAAAACACUCCACUCACGAGCUCUGCUACACUGUAGUUGGCUCGAUUUUGGAGGGGCUCACUCUGGUCCUUGCCACGAGAUACACCAAGAAUGCUCAUUCCCUCGUAAGCAGGAUGCUCCUGACCUCCAUCAGAUCGACACACACACUCCAGUAGGGGUUGACACGAGAGCCCCCUCUCCUGCCCCUGGGAAGUUUUAGAAAGCAAAUUUAACUCCCUUGUUCCUCCUUGCCUGUACCCAAGGGAUAUCAGAAUAUAUUUUCACAGUGGGUUGGUUCAGGAAUAGAUUGCGCUGGUUUUUGACAGGAUAGGAAGAUUUGAGGAAAACCCAAACGUUGCUUACGAAACUGAAGGCGAACGAGCCAGGCAGGCCGCCGGAAUUGUUCCCGUCACUGCACUCCGCCCAACCGAAGCUACCCAAGGUUGCUUGUGCCGCUGUUGUUGAGCUGUCUUGUGUUUCAGUUGAGUCACGCUUCCCGACAGUGCGCUCCGUAACUCUUCUCUAUACAUUACCUGCCGUUAAAAAAGAGAUGCAUCGGAUUGUCAAGAUGCCACUUUAUUUACAUCAAUAAAGCAGAGUUCAACCCA